CGGAAGCGGGGCUCGUGGGUCUCCCUGGCGCUCUCUCCCUCAUAUGCGAGCGAAUUGUUCCUGCUGCUUCUUGGCGUCGAGACGUUCCGGGGCCCGGACUCACCGCCGCCGCCGCCGCCGCCGCCUCCCGGCUCUCCGCGCCCUUCCCCUCCUUUCCCGCUUGCCGUUUCUUCCUUCUCCCCGCCGCCGCCACCGCCACUCCUCCCUCGCCUGGGCCCCGCUGCCGCCUCUUCCUCCCCCCGCCCCGCUCCGCUUUUGCUCUCUCACCCCCUUCCUGGGAUUCGGCGGCGGCGGCGGCGGCGGCAGAGCAGAAGGAAGGCGGCGGCGACCAAGAGGUGGAGCAGCAGGCGCGGAGGAUCCCUUCGGCUCUCGAGCGAGAUUCCUCCCGGCCCGCCGGGGCCUUGCUGGCUGUUGGUUGACAGGUGAUCAAUACAGUUCUCUCUGAGGAGCCAGAAAGCAGGCAGCUCAUGACUUCUGAUCAGGACACUAAAGUUGUGGCUGAACCGCAGGUGCAGCAAGUACAAGAAGUUAAAGAUAGUUCUCAUCUAGAGUCAGCCAAGGUUUCGGAAUUAAAUCCUAAUGCAAAAGUAUGGGGGAAUCACAUGUUACAUGUGGAAGCAAGUGGUGCUACUGAUGGUAGCGUGAGCAAAGCCUGGGAAGAAAUACCAGAUCAUCCGCCAGAUUCCUGCAAAGAAGUUUUCUUGACAGGAUUGGAGGCCAAUGGGGAUGGUGACAAAAAGCACCAGAAUGCAUCAUUAGCAGAGCUGCAGGAACCAGCACUAACUGCUCCGUUAUCAGACCAAACAGAUAUGAACCCUUUGGCUCUAGAUCAUUCAGAGUAUGACUCUAUGCAUGAAAACACUCAGACAGGAGGUAAAGAACAGCUACAGCCAGAAGGUCAAGAAGAUCUGCGAGAAGUGCUUAAAAAAACACUGGAAUUCUGUUUAUCUAGAGAGAAUCUUGCCAGUGAUAUGUACCUUAUAUCUCAGAUGGACAGUGAUCAGUAUGUGCCAAUAAUGACAGUAGCUAACCUUGAUCAUGUCAAGAAGCUGAGUACCGAUAUGGAUUUGAUUGUUGAAGUGCUGCGAUCAUUGCCUUUAGUCCAAGUGGAUGAGAAAGGUGAAAAAGUCAGGCCAAACCAGAAUCGCUGCAUUGUAAUUUUACGUGAAGUACCUGAAUCUACUCCAGUUGAAGAGGUUGAAGCACUCUUCAAAGGAGAUAACCUGCCUAAGUUCAUCAACUGUGAGUUUGCCUAUAAUGACAACUGGUUUAUUACAUUUGAGUCUGAAGCAGAUGCGCAACAGGCUUACAAAUACCUUAGAGAAGAAGUGAAAAUCUUCCAAGGAAAACCAAUUAAGGCAAGAAUAAAAGCAAAGGCUAUAGCUAUAAAUACAUUUUUGCCAAAGAAUGGAUACAGACCUCUGGAUAUGAACAUCUACACACAGCAGCGUUAUACUACAUCAUUUUACUUACCUCCAGUAUACAGUCCCCAACAGCAGUUUCCACUAUACAGUUUAAUUGCCCCACAGACUUGGUCAACCACACACAGCUAUCUUGAUCCAUCACUGGUAACACCAUUUCCAAAUACUGGAUUUAUCAACGGCUUUACGUCUCCUACUUUCAAGCCUACUGCUUCCCCACUGACUUCACUUAGACAGUAUACUCCUAGAAACAGAAAUCCUAGCAAAUCACAUCUGCGGCAUACGAUACCCAGCGUAGACAGAGGAACUGGACUUUUAGAGAGCCCUACAAUAUUCAAUUUCUCCACUGACCGUUUAAUCAAUGGCGUCAGGAGCCCACAAGCAAGGCCGCCAGGGCAAAACAGAGCACGGAUGCAAAAUGCUGCAACUUACACCAAGCGAGAAGUAGGCAGUGGACGAGUAGAACCAACAGCUUCAGACUCUUCCCCAAGUUUAGGCAGAGGAAGAAAAAACUCAUAUGGCUAUCGAAAGAAGAGAGAAGACAAGUUCACAAGAGGGCAAACGCAGUCUCCACCCCCUCCAAAGCCUCCGUCUCCAAGUUUUGAACUGGGGUUGUCCAGUUUUCCUCCAUUGCCAGGAGCUGCUGGCAAUCUAAAGACUGAAGACUUGUUUGAAACCCGCUUGUCAAAUGUGGCAGUAGGAACAUCAAAGGAAAAGAACGUCAGUGUGGGUGCAAGCACGAACACGAUUCCAUCAGGAAUUCCCCGAGAGCCUUUGUUGCCUGUUUCUUCUGCUCUACCAGGGACACUCGAAAGGGCUCCUUCCCCAUCCCAGCCUCCUGACGACCCCAAAGUUAUGGAGAAGCAGCAGAGAGAGACACAAAAUAUUGAAAGACUUUCUUCUGUACUCACUACCGCUUGUAAAUCAGUGCAAGUCAAUGGGGCUGCUGUGGCAGAAUUGCGAAAGCCUAGUUAUGCAGAGAUCUGCCAGAGGACAACUAAGGACCCCCCUCCACUGCAGCCCCCUAAAGAACAGAAGCCAAACACUGUCAGCUGUGGGAAAGAUGAGAAAAAGCCCACGGAAACACUAGAGAGAAGCAAAGAGCCCCCUCUUGUGAAAUCGAAUCCGGGGCAGCCCAAAGACCAGAGGAGACAGUCGGGACGCAGGUCACCACCUCCAGCCGCUGGGAAACGUCUAUCUAAAGAACAGAGCAGCCCUCCCAAAUCUCCUCAGUGAAAGUGCUUGGGAAGGAGGUUCAGAAAGUUCUCAUUAUGAAGUAAACCCAUGUUGCCACUCAGAGUACAAAGAAUGAGUUGCUGGUUAGGAGCUUGCAGUGGAUAUUAAGUUUAUGAAAUGCCUGCAAGUUUUUUGUUUGUUUGAUUCUUUGUAAAAUAGAUUUCUUGCUCCCUCACCAAAUUUCUCUUGAGCAAACAGUCUACUCUGUCAGGAUUUAAUUAAUCUAAACCUUUCAUUUAGGUUGGUGCUUAACUGGAGGUGAUGCCUAAAAUCCUUUUUUUCCCUAGAUGGAAGAUGCAUUUAUCUGAAAAAUCAUUUUUUAUGAAAUCUCCAUGUGGCUGUGUGAAUAUAAGCUCUAUCUAAUGAGUUUUUUCCCUAAUCUACUAAGCAGAAUUGGGCUGCUGUAGUUUUUAAAUAACUGGUCUGUAAGUACAUAUCUUGAAAAAAAUUCCAGAAGACUAAUAAUAGCAGCUAAUACUUGGAGUGCAAAGAAAGGUGUUUUAUAAGACAGUAAGACAAGUUUGACUUUUUUUUUCUUUUUAAAUUCUGGCUGCUGUAACACGUCAGCAAAUGGAUUAUACUUUUUAAGUUGAAAGUUAUGUUGAAUUCUAAUGUUUUAAAAUUCAGCUGUUUUUGUUCUUGGCCAAAUGUGAAUUCAUAAAGAUCACCAGUGAAGCUGCUCUAAAAUAAUCAUUUUGAUGGUCUGCAAGCAAGUAACCAGCUUCUCAAUCCAAAAUAAAGUGGUUCCUUGAAUUUCAGGAAAAGAAAAAGAAAAAAAAAAAGCACAUUGUGAAUAAAAAAAAAUUAAAUAAGCCCUUGUAAAUGGCAGGAGCCAAGUAAAGGCUGUUUUUCACAAGAUAGCACAAUAGCACUCUUGUGAUAAGGAUCUCAAUUUUUUUCCUCAGCCAGAAAAUAUUGCGUUUGAGUCACCACUGUCCUUUCUGAUUUACCCCUGUGCUCUGUGUAGGUUUUUAAAACUAUGCUCAAAGUGCUCUUUGAAAGAGUUCAUAUCUUAAUCAGCUAAGUGCUGACACCUUUCUGUACCUACAAACAUUGGCAUAUGGAUUUAAUUUUUUUCAGUCUGUGAGAUAAUGGCGUUUGUGUGUGCGAGUGUGUGUGUGCGUGCGCGCGCCUGUAUGGUGAAGGAAGAGAUCCCUGUUUCUGUCUGGGGUGAGGUUUGUCACACUUAUCUACUUUAAAAGUGACAUGCUUUCUGAAGGACAAGGAUGCACUAAAUUAACAAGUUUCUAAUAAAGUUGAAUAUAAAUUAUUUUUGUUUUAAAAUGCCUAAAGUUUUUCUUUGAGUGUUUAAGCAGCAGAUGAUUCAGAUAAAAAUGUGUUCCUGCUGAAUACAGUUUAUUCCACACAAAAAGGUUUAUUUAAACAACUGAUUUUUUAAAGAAUAAUUUCCAUCCAAUAUUUAAAGACUUGAAUUUUAUUUAAACUUGAAAAUGACUUUGCCUUAACUUUUGUAUAAGACAGAUUAGAGUUACUGAAGUCUGACCCUCAAGGGUUAGUGUGGGUGGCAUAUACAGAAUUACUCAGUUACAGUAUGUAUGUAUUGUCACAGGUCUUACUGGGUAGACAUACUGUAGUACAGGUAGUAGCGGCAGUUUUUGUAAUAUACCUUAAAAGAUCUUAAGCAGUUGAUCUUUUUCAAAAUGUUGAAAAAUCUGUAAAUGGAAAUAGUCAAUACUGUAUUAAAUAUGUGCACUUGGAAGUGUGUGCUUUUGCUUGUACAGGUGUAAAUAAUCAGAACAUAUAAAAAGGUACCAUUAAAAAACUGAUAAAAAUUAUUGAUAUAUUAUAAAUGUUGCUGUUGAGCUGGAUGUAGAUAAACUUAAUGUUGUGGUUUGAAUAUUACUUUAAUUUGUUUCUUUUCCUUGUUUCUUUUACGUUAUUCUGAUGUGCUGAGCUGAUUCUGCCUCUUUACUGCAAAAGGGAAUUGGAGAAAGUCUGUCUUAAAAGCCCUGACAUUUUAAAAAUUUUCAGAAAGUGUGCAUUUCAACCAGUAUAGCACAUGGUUGUGCAAUGUAACUUUCAACUUUGUCUUACAAACCACAGGUUUUUUUUUUUUUUUAUGAAUUGGAAAGAAGUAACUUUGCCACAGAAAAGUAGCCCCAAAGUUUACUCAACCACUCUUCUUAGGCCAAAAUAUUAGCAAGUACACAUGUUUAGUUGAAGUUUUCACAUAGCUCUAAAACACAUAGGGCAGUUGAUUUCCUAACAUAGGUUGCUGCUAUUUUAAUUGUCCUUUAAUAACAACAAAACAACCAAACAAAAACCAGCCUGCUUUUUGCACUGCAGAAUUUAAAAUAAGCAGGCUGGGCUCUGUUACUUCCUGAAAAGCCACACGUGGAGAGGAUGUGGGAGGGGACGGGGACUCAUGUAACACAGAUUAAACCACCAAAUGUACUUUUGUUGGAUUUUCAUGUAUAUCAUUUACUCAGUGAGCAGUGAAAAUGGCAGCUGGACUGGAGUAUGGCUUAAGCCAGCUAUGAGAUUUCUUUGUUUGCCUGUUGAAAGUAUGAGCAAACGGCUGCAAACGGAGUAGGAAGCAGCCACAGCAAGUGUACAGCUAAUUAUCACAGCCAACUGAUAUGUUCACAUUAAGAUAUGUAGGCCAGCAGGUGGGUUGUAUUUUGCUGCUGCUUGUACUAGGUUAAUAUAAUACUCUAUAAUACCCAAACCCAAGUAACAGUCUGUGUAAAAAAUGUUAAACUUUAAUGGGUUUCUUUAAAUGAAAGUGUCAUGCCAAAUAACUUUAAUUUCCCAUUCGGACAGCAUGGAGUUGCUGGAACAAAAGUUGUCCUAAAGACUGUUUAUGUAUAGCCAUGCAAAUCUUGCUUUUUUUUUUUCUUUUUUCAACUCCCCUCCCAAAUCUGAGUUGCAGCUUUAAACUGCAGGAACCAAUUGCAGUUUGGUUUUUAAAAAAAAAACUUGCAAGAUUACUGUUCAUACAGAAAUAUAAUCCAGAAAUAUAAUUCAGGUUCUUCUGAAGCUGACCAAGGGAUGUAUUUAAACCUUAAUUUUACUUCUGAAGACUUGACCUGUGCAAGAAUUUUGCAUUAGGGUGUCCCAUCUCUCUCCACCCCAAUUUUACAACCUGACAUGGGAAAAAAAAAACAUCAUGCUCUAUGUAUAUUUUUGCCCUUAAUCAUUUUGCUGCCUCUCAUCUAAAGAUACGCCAAUUACUGAUGGGUGGGUUGUAGUGGAUUAUAAAACAGCAACUGACUGCAAGGGUUCACACUAAUUUUUGUAUCCCCUUCAGCUAGCUGCAGUUCUUAUGUGAUGUGUAAUCUAUUACAUUGAUAGCAGCAGACAAUCAAAGACAUCUGCAGGCUAACAGCUGCCAAGUCAACAAAACAAGGUAUUAUAUGGAGGCCUUUUUUCUGAGGGUGGUUUUUUGUUUUGUUUUGUUUUCUUCUUCCAUUUAAGACUGGAAUCAAGCUUACAUGUAAACUAUUUGGUAAUUUAAGUUUUCUUUUGUGUCAUAAAAUGUACAACUGUCUAAAAAUGUAGGUUAUGAAAAAUAAAGAUUUAGGCACUGUUGAA